AUGAAGUUUACUGGAUUGACGAGUGUUCCGAUUAUAGCACUUCUUGCAACCCAAAUUUGUGCUAAUGCAGUGAAAGAGAGAAUCAACUUGGGGGAACAAUUAGUGACGCUAACUGUCAGGGCAGACGAGGAACAUGACCAUGAGCAUGAAGAAGGUGCCUCAAACACUACUGUGACUGGUUGUCACAUGCAUGGUGAUGUUCAAUAUUGUAUCGAUUGGGAUGGUAAAGAAGGUUAUAUUGAACCUAAACAAGACAACCCACAAUCAAACUAUACAGGAUGUCAUUUGCAUGGUACUGAGGUUCACUGUAAAAACGGUGACGAGGAAUUGCAAUUUGUCAGGGCAGACGAGGAGCAUGACCAUGAGCAUGAAGAAGGUGCCUCAAACACUACUGUGACUGGCUGUCACAUGCAUGGUGAUGUUCAAUAUUGUAUCGGUUGGGAUGGCAAAGAAGGUUAUAUUGAACCUAAACAAGACAAUCCACAAUCAAACUAUACAGGAUGUCAUUUGCAUGGUACUGAGGUUCACUGUAAAAACGGUGACGAGGAAUUGCAAUUUGUCAGGGUGGAAGAUGACGAUGAGGAUGAGCACGACCAUGGACACAGUACUUCGAACACUACUGUGACCGGCUGUCACAUGCAUGGUGAUGUUCAAUAUUGUAUCGAUUGGGAUGGUAAAGAAGGUUAUAUUGAACCUAAACAAGACAAUCCGCAAUCAAACUAUACAGGAUGUCAUUUGCAUGGUACUGAGGUUCACUGUAAAAAUGGUGACGAGGAAUUACAAUUUGUCAGAGUCAAUGAAGCAAGCACUACUACUUCCGAAUCAAGCUCAACGUCAGGUGUAUCAUGUCAUUUCCACGCAGGUGUUGAACAUUGUGUGGACGAAAACGGAAACACCGUACAUGGAGCUGAUGGAGAAACUUGUGAAAGAGUAGAUCGGGAUUAUGAUAUUCCGUUAAGAAUUGGACUUUUAUUCGUUAUAUUGGUCACAAGUGCAAUCGGAUCUUUUGGCCCAUUGGUCUUGCGUUCAUUUUUUAAAAUAUCUUCUGAAAAUAUAAUCAUUACAAUAGUCAAACAGUUUGGUACUGGUGUUGUUAUUUCCACUGCAUUGGUUCAUUUAAUGACCCAUGCUUUUUUGAUGUGGUCAAACGAAUGUAUUCAUUUAGCCUAUGAAGGUACUGGCGCUUCAAUAACUAUGGCGGGCAUAUUCAUUGCCUUUGUAAUUGAGUAUAUUGCUUAUCGAUUUUUGUCUUACCGUUUGAGCAAACUCGCUGGUUCAAAGGAAAAUGCAUCUGAAGAUGAUGCUGUUAUAAAUGAAGCUACUAAAACAGUGUCGGAUGAAGAAGAAACAACGUCGCUCAAUGGAUCUUCCAAAGCGAUGCAUGACAAACUUUCAGUGGUCAUUCUUGAAGCAGGUAUCGUUUUCCAUUCAAUUUUGAUUGGUAUCACGUUGGUUGUAGCUGCUGAUUCUUAUUUUAUCACCUUAUUCAUUGUCAUUGUAUUCCACCAAUUUUUCGAAGGGUUGGCGUUGGGUUCAAGAAUUAUAGAGUUGAGAGACUCUGUAUGGUUAAAGAUUCUCAUGGCGGCUGUAUUUGCAAUCAUCACUCCUGUGGGUAUGGCCAUUGGUAUUGGUACACUUCACGAAUUCAAUGGUAAUGACCCAUCCACCAUUAUUGCAUUAGGUACAUUGGACUCUUUUUCAGCUGGUGUCUUGUUGUGGACAGGGUUGAUUGAGAUGUGGGCACAUGACUGGUUGUUUGGAAACUUGCGCCAUGCGGGGGUGGUUCAUACUUCGUUCGCUUUGAUCGCCUUAAUUGCUGGAUUAGUGCUUAUGAGUGUGUUAGGAAAAUGGGCGUAA